AAACAGCAACGGAGAGAGCGGCAGGAAAAGUGGUUGUAUGGCACCUCAGUCGUGCGUAAUGAAUCCUGCGCAGGGAUCACCGCCCUCGGCUGCUCCGGGGGAGACCUCACCACCAGAGGACCGAGCCGCUGGAGGCAUGGGAACUGACGAGCUGGACCUGUCAUCUGUCAGAAGGUGUAAAAGCAAAAGUUUAGAUCUGCCUUUCAGUGUGGAAUCGCUCAUAUCACCCAGGACGCCGGACACAAGCCUCCACUCCCCCGAGCCUGGUUCAGGCUGCAUCCGGGCGGAGGAGACAGAGUGUGCGUCACCGCGGGGACUUUAUCGGUCCAAACCAGAGGCGGUGGACCUCAGUGACAAGGAGACGGGCAACUGGUUUCAGGCUCCAUACGCAUCCCCUCCAAGGCUUCCCAGUCCGAGCGCGUGCAACCUACGGAAACACAAGAACAACAGGAAACCCAGAACUCCGUUUACAACCUCUCAGCUGCUUUCUCUGGAGAGGAAGUUCCGUCAGAAACAGUACCUCUCCAUCGCGGAGAGAGCGGAGUUCUCCAGCUCCCUCAGCCUCACAGAGACCCAGGUCAAGAUCUGGUUUCAGAACCGCAGGGCCAAGGCCAAGAGACUGCAGGAGGCCGAGCUGGAGAAGUUCAAGCUGGCCGCGAAGCCGCUGCUGCCGGCCUUCGCCUUCCCCUUCCCCCUGAGCGCACCCAUGGGGGCACCGUCCCUUUAUGGGGCCAUGAACGGACCGCGGCCUGGCUUCCCCGUCCCAGGACUAUUUAGUGGACCAUAUGGGAUGUACUACUUGUCUUAACCCUCACUAACUUUGAACUGCAUCGUUUGGAAAACUGCCUUUAAAACAAUAAUAAAACAUCUACAGCAAAUAAUCAACACUGCAAAAAUGUCCAUCGAAUGAAUCAACCGGUCUGAAAUCUUAAACAUAUAUAAGCUAAAAUAUUUUAUGUUAUAAUAAAAAGUAUUUUUUCCCCCCACACAAAUAUGCUGGUAGAACAACCUUUUUAAAUACUGGCUUCACUCACGGAUAACCGAAACAAGUGGAAUAUUUUUACUCGAUUGGUAUUUUUCAUGAGUUUUAUAUGAAAAAUAAUUGUAAUUUACUCUACAGUAAAGUAUUUGUAAUGACGGUCAUUUUUGCAGUGUAUUCAGUAAAAAAAAAUGUUUUUUUAAUGACGGACUUUCGCCGAGAUAUUUUUCUGGAUGACAUCUUAAAAUUGCCUACAUUGUGACCUUUUCAUCUUAAAUAGAGGUAUUUUGUAAAUAUUUUAGUGAGAGCGAUUUUAUGUCGUAAGACAUGACUAUUUAAAGGCCUGUAGCUUUGGGUUUAAAGCAAUAACUCGUGAUGACUCCACAUGAAUGUUUGAUUUUCAUUCCAGAGGCCUUUGAAUAUUUCUCAACUUAAAAGUUUUAAACUUGGUGUUAUAGAAAAGACCGAAAUGCAUCAACACUUAAUCAUUCAAGUUCAGUUAGGUCCCCAAUAGUCUCAAACUUCAUAAUAAAGCAGGUCGACUUUUUUAUAAGCUGAGGGUAGAAAAAGUUACCAAAGUAGUGUGAUUGGGGUUGUAUCUAAGGCUAUGCAGAGGAAAUUAAAAAAAACAACAAAGCAGUUAGUCCAAAAAUAGAUCUAUAGGCUGUAUAAAAUGUGGGUCACCUGUAAUAGUUCAUAAUCAAUAACAAGAACCAUCAUGGGACAGACUAUGGAGUGCUCAUUAGUGCCUUUUCAUCACUGUUGUACUGAAAUCAAACGUCAGUUAAAUAGUGUGUACAAGUUUUAUCUUCAGAAACAUGUUUAGCUUUAGCAUUUUGUCAUUGAGCUGUCAUAUACUGCAGUGACUUAUUCAUGUUAACUUUGAACCAUGACAUCUCUCAAGGUGAAGUUACUAAACCGCACAAAUUGUUUCUAACUUCUUAUUCAUUUCCAGUUUAAAAAAAUAUGAAAUCUGCUACAAAACAAAUCCACUUAUUUUUGUCCUUUUAAAUGUUUUUUUUUCUAUUACAUUACCUCAAAGGAGAACCUUUUUGCACAGGUGUUCAAAGAGCUCUGAAAAGUCCAGUUUCAUCACUAAAUGUAAAUAAAAGUCAUCAGCUAUUUUUGCAAACAAUUAAAAUGCUAAACAUGACUGAUGGACUCACAUCAGUCAUAAAUGUACAGUGUAUUUUAUAUCCGAUGGGGGAAAAGGAAAGAUGUUUUGUACAAUUAUUAAAGUCUAUUAUGUAAAUUC